AUGUCUAAAAUUGAAGGGAAUGAGGAAGUAGUUGCAGAGCUGAAGUUCAACUAUGACUUACUGAUUAAUGAGCUCUAUCAUCUGAAGGAGUACACUUCGCUGGUCGAAUUUGAUCCUUGCUUCAGAAACUCGUCAGAUAGCUUUGACCACUUCGUCAAAUCCAGCGGCAUGACUUUUCCAAGGGCAGAAACCAAAAACAUAGAAGAUGCCAAGGACUCAAGAAGGAUACGAAGAAGACACACUAGAAGUGAGCCACAGGUGGCAGCUGAAAAAAGCAGUUCGGGUUCAAAUGUGGAGUUUUUGGUUGAAGAAAGAUACAAAGAGUUAGAAUGCAAACUGGACAACAAACCGUAUAAACGAAAGACUAUAGUCAAGAAGGAAGCUGCUCCUGCUGCUAAAAGAACAAAACUGGAACCUAAGCCGGAACGCACAACGGAAUCAUCCAGCAUUGUACCCGUCAAGCAGGAAGAAAACGUGGCUUUCGUCACUGUACCUCAAUUAUCGCACGAUAGGCCUUCUUCCACAGCCAUUCAUGAUCUAGCUUACAAUAGCUCCUAUUACACAACCUCGUCCUCCGAAGACGAGCGAGAAACGAAGAAAAAGUAUAAGAAACGCCUACACGUUCGGAUUGACGUCCAUCCGCCAAAACAGACGGUAACAAACCCAUUGCAUGUUUUUAAGCCCGAAUAUAAAAGUUUACGUGCGUUUCUGAACUCUUAUCGAUCUCUUGACGAGGAUAUGUCGGUAGAAGACUACAACAAGUUUAUCGAUGAUCAGAAAACCUUGUUCGCCAAGAUUCGGAAGGGUCUUGAAAGUGGAGUUCUUCAGUAUGAUUAUGAGACAGACUCUUUACAGGCUAUUACUCUCAAGGAUGCAUCCGGUGUACAAGCUCAUCGACCGGAGGCCAUCACCUUUCUCUACAAAGAACAACAGCAGUAUACCUUCUCAGACCAUUUGAUCAAUCACGGAAUCUUUAUGACCAGACGUUUUCAGGAAAUCAAGAAAGCUCGCGCUGCAAAUAUCAGAAAAAUCACGCUCAUGGUCGAACAGCAUUUCAGACAUGUUGCCGGUGCUGAGGAGCGUCAGCAAAGAGAAGAAGAAAAAAGGCUGAAAACCCUUGCACGUACAGCAGUGCAGGCGGUGAAGAAAAGAUGGCUUGUCGCUGAAAAGGCAUAUAGAGUCUUGAAAAAGGAUGAAGAGGAUCAGCUUAGAAAGAUACAGGGUAAAGAGCAUCUCAGCAAAAUGCUUGAACAAAGCACACAACUUUUAGGGGCCCAGUUGAAACAAUUCAGUAACGACGAGAACGAUAAGGAGCUCAAAACCUCAGCAAGCAAUAGCGACGUGGAACACAGUAACAGCGAUAAUGGCAGUGACUCAUUCAGUUCUUCUUCUGAAGAUAACUUAUCCGUUGACGAUGAAGAUGACGCCGGACUUUCUGUUGAGCAGCUUCAAAGCAAGUACGCUGAUCUUGAUGGUCACCACGAAAAGUCAGAUGCAGAUUCCGAACCCAAUAAUGAGCUUUCAACAACUGAAACUACUCCAGAUUUGCAGACGACGCCACAACUAACAGAGAUGGAGAAGCUGAAGUUGAGAGAAGACGAUGAGGAUCAAAAUAACGAAGUGCUUGAUGAUAGCACGAGUAGCAGCUCGGAAUUAGAUUCUGAUUCGGCUUCAUCGGCUGAAGGUAAUGAAAGUAAUGAAGCCAGCGACGAAGAAAUGAACGGCCAUGAACAAAAGCCCGAUGGUUUAUCGUCUCUCUUCCAGGAUAUCGAAGAGGGCCAGUCUGAAGGUGAGUCUGACUACGAAUCGCCAAGUGCUAGCGAGACUGAGCAUAGUAGCGAUGAGGAGAUUGAUACUGCACCUCAAGAAAAAACGGACGUUGCAUCCGAGCCAAAGGUAGAUGCCAGUAACGGCGUGCAGACUGGACCAGCGAAGGAAAUCCAAGAAGACCCUAUAACAGUGGUUGAUGUUCCGCUUCCGUCUUUACUCCGGGGAGAAUUGCGAAUUUAUCAAAAGCAAGGUCUCAACUGGCUUGCCAGUCUUUAUAAUAACAAUACAAAUGGAAUUCUUGCAGACGAAAUGGGCCUGGGCAAGACCAUUCAAACUAUCUCGCUGUUGGCUUAUUUAGCAUGUGAGAAGCAAAACUGGGGCCCCCAUUUGAUUGUUGUACCAACUUCCGUGUUACUCAAUUGGGAGAUGGAACUUAAGAGAUUUGCACCGGGUUUCAAGGUGCUUACUUACUAUGGCUCGCCUCAACAACGUAAAGAAAAGAGGAAAGGGUGGAAUAGACCAGACGCAUUUCAUAUCUGCAUCACUUCAUAUCAGCUUGUGGUUCAUGACCAGCAUUCUUUCAAACGUAAGAAGUGGCAAUAUAUGAUAUUGGAUGAAGCCCACAACAUCAAGAACUUCAGAUCAACACGUUGGCAAGCGCUUUUGAAUUUCAACACCGAAAGAAGAUUGCUGCUGACUGGUACGCCGCUUCAAAACAACUUAGCAGAGCUAUGGUCUUUACUUUAUUUUUUGAUGCCACAAACAGCAGUAGGGAAAAAUGGAGGUAUUCAAGGGUUUGCUGAUUUAGAAGCCUUCCAACAGUGGUUCGGACGACCUGUCGAUAAAAUUAUUCAGACAGGUGACGGUUAUCAACAGGACACCGAAACAAGGAAAACGGUGGACAAGUUGCAUCAAGUGCUGCGCCCUUACCUUUUAAGGAGAUUAAAGGCAGAUGUCGAGAAACAAAUGCCUGCUAAACAUGAGCAUGUCGUGUAUUGUCGUUUGUCUAAGAGACAGAGAUAUCUAUACGAUGAUUUUAUGUCGAGGGCCCAGACGAAGGAAACGCUUGCAAGUGGAAAUUUCAUGUCAAUCAUUAAUUGUUUAAUGCAAUUGAGAAAGGUUUGCAAUCAUCCUGAUCUUUUCGAAGUAAGACCUAUUUUAACCUCACUUUGCAUUGAUAAGAGCGUUUCCCAUGAUUUUACGGGCGUAAACGACUUUAUGAUAAAAAGGCUAAGAGCCAAUAACUCAGAACUUAUAGACUUCAACACACUGAACCUGGAUUUCUCCUCCAACGAGUAUUUAUCGACUCACCAUGCCGAAAGUAUCGAGCGGAGCCAAUGCAUCGAGCAAUUCUCAGAAGAGGUGACCAAGCUCAGAGCGAAGUGGGAGGAGCAGUCCAAAAUUGAUGCAGAAGAAUCUGCCUUCAAUUUUCAAGAUAUCAAUCUGUUCUACCAAAGUUUUGCUGCGAAGAAAAAUGGGGACAUGAUUAGCAGGUUGCACUACCUGCAGUACAUCAAUAAAUUGAGAUGUGCACGGAAACCGGUUUACGGCAGCAACUUGGUAAAGUUGCUAAAUAUAUCCAAGGCACAUACCGAAGAUGCCACGGCGGAGUUGUUCAUGCCCUUGCAGACCAGAAUCACCAUGAACAAGGCUACUAUCGACAAGUUUGCAGUGAUAACUCCCAACGCUGUGACUCUUGACACUAGAAACUUGGCAUUGGGCCUCAAUGAGGAAAGUAUAAUUCCGUCAAGUGAAAGGCAGCUUUUGAGGUAUAAUUUGAGACAUACCGGUAACCCGUUACAUCAUUUGCAGACCAAGCUGGCUAUUGCCUUCCCCGACAAAUCAUUGCUUCAGUAUGACUGUGGUAAACUACAAAAGUUAGCCACGUUAUUACGCGACCUGAAGGAUAAUGGCCACCGAGCGCUUAUUUUUACGCAGAUGACUAAAGUUUUGGAUAUUCUCGAGCAGUUUUUAAACUACCAUGGCUACCUCUACAUGCGAUUGGAUGGUGCCACCAAAAUUGAAGAUCGACAGCUGUUGACUGAGCGAUUCAACAAUGACAAUAGGGUUACUGCCUUCAUUUUAUCCAGUAGAUCUGGUGGUCUUGGUAUCAAUCUUACGGGUGCGGACACAGUGAUCUUUUACGAUUCUGACUGGAAUCCAGCAAUGGACAAGCAAUGCCAGGACAGGUGCCAUCGGAUAGGACAAACGCGAGAUGUUCACAUUUACCGAUUUGUGAGUGAACACACGAUUGAGAGUAACAUUUUGAAAAAGGCUAAUCAAAAGAGACAUCUGGACAACGUUGUGAUUCAACGUGGUGACUUCACCACGGACUAUUUUACAAAGUUGUCAGUAAAAGACCUCGUUGGUGCCGAGGGUAAUGAAAUUCCAGUCAGCGAUAAGCCAUUGCUGAUCGAUGACGCAGCCUCAAAAGAUCCUCGGAAGCUGGAGAAGCUGUUGGCGCAAGCAGAAGAUGCAGAUGAUGUCAAAGCAGCAAAUUCUGCGUUAAAGGAAGUUGAAAUGGACAAUGAAGACUUUCAAGAGAAAAAUCCUGGUAUGGAGGAAAAUGGUGAUGGCCCAUUAGAGGACGAAUUUGAAGGCACUGGCCAUGUGGAGGAGUAUAUGAUCAGAUUUAUUGCAAAUGGGUGUUAUUUCGAAUGA